UCAUCGACCAAACUGCACGAGCGGAUCGAAUUUUUCUUGCAGGGCAAACAGCCAGCAGCUCGGGGUCGUCGUCGUCGUCGCGAGUAGAAGGAGUCAGCACAAAACGUCACUUUCGCGAGAGUUAUAUUUUGCUAAUCCAUCGUCAAGUUCGGGUCAUUUGGCGAGUUUUUUUCCGUUCGGAUUUACAAAAACGGUUCCCGCACGGGCACAACACACGGAAUCGGAUCGGGAAAUGUGCUGAUAUUAGUUUGGAAAGUCGCGGAAAAGGAAAAAAAACGCUGCCACAUUCGGUGGUGGAUCGUCCGGGUGUGUGUGAGCAGAGCACCGUAAAAAGAAGGAAGCUAAGCAGCAAAAUUACAUAAAGAAAAAGAAAAGUCCCGAGGAUUUUCCCAGCUGCAAGAAGGGAGGCCAACAACUGGGAGGAUUAUCAGCUGAGCGCGUCCACUGACCCCGUUCCUUGCGUGUGGCGGAGAUCGGAUUAGGACAUCCGGAAGUAACCUCCAGCAGCAGCUGCUAGGCCAAAAGGAAAAACAAAAUGUCAACUCCAGCUCGCAGACGACUGAUGAGGGAUUUCAAAAGACUGCAGGAGGACCCACCGACCGGAGUGUCCGGGGCGCCCACGGACAACAACAUCAUGAUCUGGAAUGCUGUGAUUUUCGGGCCGCACGACACACCGUUCGAGGACGGCACCUUCAAGCUGACGAUAGAGUUCACCGAGGAGUACCCGAACAAGCCGCCGACGGUUCGCUUCGUGUCGAAAAUGUUCCACCCGAACGUGUACGCCGACGGGGGCAUCUGUCUGGACAUUCUGCAGAACAGAUGGAGUCCCACGUACGAUGUGUCAGCAAUUCUGACCUCCAUACAGUCGCUGCUCAGUGAUCCUAAUCCAAACUCACCUGCAAACUCGAUGGCGGCUCAGCUGUACAAGGAGAACCGCCGGGAGUACGAGAAGCGAGUGAAAGCAUGCGUGGAACAGAGUUUUAUCGACUAGCCCAUUUCCCGCACGAUCCGCCGCCGUCGUCGUCACUGUUGCUGCUGCUUCUAUCGGUGUAGUGUUAAUCCUUUCAAGACAAACCACCCGCAGAAACACUUCUUUUUCUCCUUCUCACACCAUCGCUGUCUAUUGUCGCUACCGUUUAGUUAAAAAAUAACAAUUUCAAGAAAAAAAAACCAAAACAAAAAUGUUGACGAUCAAAUAAGCCGUGAAAAUAUGCGUCUAAUUUCCAAGAAAUAGAAAAACCCCAAUUCUAAUGUCUACUUAUCUGUGGGUGGUUUAGCAGCAGAAGAAGAACAACAACAGGAAGCUCCGUAGUACCAGAAUAGUGUGACGCGUGCACUCUGUUAAAACUCGUAAUUGCCAGCCACAAAAAGAAAGAAAAAAAAUCAUUACUAACCACAAGUACUAAUAACAAGUGAAAAGAAAAUCUAUCGAAACAAAAUUCAUAAAAAAAACCACAACCACACACCGUUAUAAAACAAAAAAAACAAGAGCAAACUACACAAUGCUGUAAAAAUAAUCGUUUGAAAUUGGUCCCUCCCCCUUCCCAAGAGACUGGGCUGGGAGGGACCAUCUAGGACAGGGAUUUCGCGCGCCGAAAGUCAAAGUGAAAAUAUACUGCAAGCAGGAAAAACCAUAAGUAAUUGUAUCAGUGAAAAGUGUGUCGAGAGAAGUUUAACCCCAACAUGCAUAAAAAAAAAAACAAACACACAUACACAGAGAGAGACACAAA